AACUGUCAAACAGGAUGCUGUCAUGUUGUGUCAAAGACUGCAUUGUGUUGUGUGCGCGGAAUAAAUUUUAUAAAUCUAAAUAAAAUCGGCAAAGUGGACUAGUAAUGUUUACGUGAGCUUGUGUUUGUUAGAAUAUUGGAUUUUACAUAUUGUGCCAGCGUUGUUUUGUUAUACUUGUGUCUCUAUGAACGGUCGGCAACGGUGGAGUCAUACGGAUACAAAGAUAAGACUAAUGAGCGGUGGCAGCGGGACUCGCGGCCGGUCGUGAGGUCUGCGCAGGCGCCGCCCGCCUUCGUGAUGAUCACACCCCGCCAUGCGUCGGCGGCCAUUUUAAACCGGAAACCGUUGUCGGCUCAAGAUGGCCGCGCGCUGCGUCCCCACCGCGCUCAACUAUGAGAUGUGGAAGCACGGCAAGUGGCGACAGAAAGCGUCACGCCGGACGAUAGACAGUGGUAGUUAAGUGUAGUGUGUUAUAGUGUGAUGGCGAUGUCGGGGUCGCGCGCGCCGCUGCUGGAGGGCGGCGAGUACGUGCACAAGGCGCCGGCGCCGCGCUGCUGCUUCUGGCUGGCGAGCCACGUCAACGUGCGCAAGUGCGUGGCCGCCGCCAUGCUCGUUUCGCUCCUCACCAUCUUCUUCUACGGGUACUACGUCACGGCGCCUCUUACUAGCCUGGUGUGGCGCGACCGCAUCCCGCGCCCGCUCUCCCAGUGCUCGCUACUGGCGCCUGCCCGCGGGGCGGCACGGGACCACCGCUCGGCCGCGCGCCUGCGCAUCGACGCCAAGGUGCUGGUCAUCGUGGAGUCGGCCUACUCGCGCCUCGGCCGCGAUAUAGCCGAGCUGCUGGUGGCUAAUAGGAUACGAUACAAACUCGAAGUGGCCGGCAAGAGUCUCCCGGUCCUCACCACGCUGGACAAGGGCCGCUACGGCGUCAUAGUGUUCGAGUCUCUGUCCAAGUACGCGAGCAUGGACAAGUGGAACCGCGAGCUGCUGGACAAAUACUGCCGCGAGUACUCGGUCGGAGUCGUCGGGUUUGCGACACCGGCCGAGGAGACGCUGGUCGGUGCACAGUUGAAGGGGUUCCCGCUGUUUAUGCACACCAAUCUGAGGUUGAAGGACGCAACCCUGAACCCCGCGUCCCCGGUGCUGCGGCUGUCGCGCGCCGGCGAGACGGCGUGGGGCGCGCUGCCCGGCGACCACUGGACCGUGUUCCGCGCCAACAGCUCCACGUACGAGCCCGUCGCCUGGGCGCUCAUGCAGGCCGAGUACGGGAUCACUGAACGCAGUCCACUGGCCACGGUCAUCCAGGACCACGGCCGGCUGGACGGCGUGCAGCGCGUGCUGUUCGGCUCGGGUCUACAGUUCUGGCUGCACCGCCUGUUGUUCCUUGAUGCGUUAAGUUAUCUGAGCCAUGGCCAGCUUAGCUUGAGCCUCGAGCGGUGGAUACUCGUCGAUAUUGACGACAUAUUCGUCGGGGAGAGAGGUACCCGCCUGCACGUGGAAGACGUGAAGGCUCUACUAGCGUCCCAGGCAGCACUUCAGCGGCUGGUGCCAGGGUUCCGCUUCAACCUGGGCUUCAGCGCCAAGUACUUCCACCGAGGCACCGCGCCCGAGAACUGUGGGGACGAUGAGCUGCUUAAACACACGCAUCAGUUUAACUGGUUCUGCCACAUGUGGAACCACCAGCAGCCGCACCUCUACAGCAACGUGACCCAGCUCGAGGCGGAGAUGAUGCUGAACAAGCAGUUCGCGCUGGAACACGGCAUCCCCAUCAACUCGAGCUACUCUGUCUCUCCGCACCACUCCGGAGUGUACCCGGUGCAUGAGCCGUUGUAUGAGGCGUGGAAGAAAGUGUGGGAUGUGAAGGUGACGAGUACGGAAGAGUACCCGCAUCUGCGGCCGGCUAGGCUCCGUCGCGGGUUCCGCCACCGAGGGGUCAUGGUGCUGCCGCGGCAGACGUGCGGGCUGUUCACCCACACGCUGCUGCUAGAGCGGUACCCCGGAGGCAGGCAGCGGCUCGACAGGAGCAUACAGGGCGGGGAACUGUUCCAGACUGUUAUUAAUAAUCCUAUAAACAUAUUCAUGACGCACAUGUCGAACUACGGCAACGACCGGCUCGCGCUCUACACGUUCGAGUCGGUGGUGAAGUUCCUGCGCUGCUGGACCAACGUGCGGCUCGGCUCGGCGCCGCCGCUGCAGCUCGCGCACAAGUACUUCCAACUGAGACCCGACGAACUGAGCCCGCUGUGGGGGAACCCAUGCGACGACGUCCGCCACCGCCGCAUCUGGUCCAAGAGCAAGUGGUGCGGCACCCUCCCUAAAGUCCUCGUCAUCGGGCCACAGAAGACGGGCAGCACGGCGCUGUAUACCUUCCUAGCCAUGCACCCCGCGCUGGCGCCCAACCUGCCCAGCCCCACCACGUAUGAGGAGCUGCAGUUCUUCAAUAACAACAACUAUUUGAAGGGGUUGGAUUGGUACCUGGAGUACUUCCCGCCGGGGCCGGGCAACUCGUCGCGGCUGACGUUCGAGAAGUCGGCGACGUACUUCGACGGCGAGCUGGUUCCGCGCCGCGCGCAUGCGCUGCUGCCGAAUGCGAAGAUCAUAGCCAUCUUGAUAUCACCCUCCAAGAGAGCGUACUCAUGGUACCAGCACAUCCGGUCGCACGGUGACCCGGCGGCGAACAACUACUCGUUCCACACGGUCAUCACCGCGAACGACUCCGCGCCCAAACAGCUGCGAGACCUCAGGAACCGCUGCCUGAACCCGGGCAAGUACGCCCACUACCUCGAGCGCUGGCUGCUGGAGUUCAGCCCGCACCAGCUGCUGACGCUGGACGGGGCGCAGCUCCGCGCCGACCCCGCGCUGGCCAUGGACGCCGUGCAGAAGUUCCUCAAGCUCGAGCACCGCGACUACCGGCAGCUGCUCAAGUACGACGCGAAAAAGGGCUUCUUCUGUCAAGCGGUAAGCAAGGAGAAGACGAAGUGCUUGGGCAAGUCUAAGGGACGAGUUUACCCUCCCAUGGAGGAGCGAUCAGCCAAGUUCCUGAAGCGGUACUACACGCCACACAACACAGCCUUGUCCAAGCUACUGGUGCGCCUUGGCCGGCCCGCGCCGCAGUGGCUCAAGGACGAUCUGUCGUCCGCCGGAUAGCACUACUCUAACACAGGUGCAGUGCAACAGAAAGACAGAGACAAAACACAAGGCCUCAUCCGGGUCUGUGUCGUGACUGUACCCUGAAGAGGGCCAGAGUGAGUGGAGUGACUAUAUCAGUGAUAGUGAUGUUGACAAGACAUUUUUGUCGAGUGUUUUAAAAUACCCUAUCUUUGUUGAGAAAUAACUUUAUCGAUUCUAAUAAAGAGUUAUAUGUCUUGAUGUAUUUAGUUGGGGACGGGAGAUCUUACUGCGAGUACAUUUUAUACUUUCUGCCAUUUA